AUGAAAGAUAAGGUACUCGAAGGAGGGGAGAAAAAAAAAAAGAAGGGCUUUUGCGGAAGAUGUUGUAGUAGAGUUUUCACAAGUCUUAAAGGCCCUAGCAUAACACACAGUAUUUUGUUUGGAAUAUGUGGAGGAAUGUUUUAUUAUGGAACCUAUUAUUUAUAUCGAUUUCUUAAAAUAUCAUAUUUUGAUACAAUGCAUGUGUCAAACGAAAGUAGAAGAAGAUUUAUGGAAAAACAAAUGUUGUUUUAUAAUGACACAGGCUACAACUUAUCAAUGAAAUAUAUAGGAAAUUUAUGCAAAUAUUAUGAUCCAGUUGCUUUAAGAAUGCCCUUUCAGCCAUUGGAUGAUGCAUAUAGACUAUAA